GUUUCUGCUAUUACUUUAGGAUUUUUUAUUAGUUUUUUAUAGUAAAAAUAUUAUAGUACAUGCAUGAACGAUAUCUGUUCUAAUACUGGGAUAAUUGCUGGGUACAGAUUGAAAGCCUUGUAAACCCUACCAUUUUACCAACACUGUCAUAUCCUUGAGCAUUUUUCAUACCCUUUAAUAAGCAUCUGAUACGGCAACAUUGUUUUUAAUUUACGUCGUCAUACGUUUUUUGUUUAUUGUGGAAAUUGGAAUUAUUCUCCAGCAGUUCUCUUAUUAUACAUUUAUCAAUUUUUGAUUUUUUUGCAAAAUUGCUAAUCUAACCACAAAAAUAAAAUACAAUAAAAAUUUCAUAUAAUUUACAGACAGAAAUUUAACAAGUAUUUCCAAUACAAUAAUUUCCACAGCUACUAAGCUCAAUUAUAAUAAGCAUAUAUAACUAAAUAUUGGAAAUUUAUAAUAAUAAAAGAGUGCAAAGAUAAAAUCUAUUUAGCCAGACAACUUUCCAGUUAGAGAGCAAUAAAUAACUUAAGGAAAACGUAUAAUUAUUAUUUUGUUAUGUAUAUAACACUAAAAGUUUGAAAUAAAGACUUGAGUAGAAAUAAAGAAGAGUUGGCGGUUAGUAACCACAAGUGUAAAGAAGCUGUAACUAAGCUAAGGCCUGAGUAAUUUUGCAUAUGAAAAUGCUUCCGCGGCAGCAAACCGCACAGCAACAGCAAACACAAUGUAAGAAUUUGGAUUUUCGCAAACGCCAAAUAGAUACACUUAAAGUAUUCAACGACAAUGUUGUCGAAGUGACAGAACAAGAAGAGUAUUGUAUACAUUUCGAAACUAGUGGACGUACAUUAGUACUUACAGUCCAACUCGGCGUGAAUUUUCCCAAUGAGCGACCCAAAAUAGUUAUAUCACCAACUGUACAGCAUCAUUGGGUUAAUGCGGCGACGGGUGAAGUUGAAACUGCGCCUGGAUUACUCAAUUACUCUCCACAUUCUGAUCUGGGCCGCGUUGUGCAGGCCAUUAUACGCGAAUUCGAACGCUUUCCACCACCCAUUGUAAAUUCCGGUAGCCCCAUUAACAUACCAACGCGUGCGGGCAACGCCAAUGCCACUGCUACGCCAACAUCAAUUGCCGCAAAAUCAUUAGAUAGCAGUAACGAGAAUUCGCCAUUGGAUUCGUCAAAAUCAUGUAAACUCAAUGAAAGCAGUUUGCCAAACCUAUCUACAUUGUCGCUAGAUGAAUUGAAGCAGCUCGACAGUGAUCCGCAAUUUUUCGAUGAUUUCAUUGAAGAGAUGUCUGUAGUGCAGCAUUUGAACGAAGAACUUGACUCGAUGAUCAAUCAAGUGGAAAUAAUAUCACGUGAGAAUGAAUCUAAAGAAACGCAUUUGGUCGAAUUAAAACGAAAACUAAGUGACGAUGUUACAGCGCUUAAAAAUCUCGGUGAAAAGUGUGAUCAACUGAACAAAAAGUACUUAAAGAAGUCAGAGGAAUACGCACCGCAACACAUACGCGAAUUGCUGCAAAUUGCCGCCUCGAAUGCGGACAGCGAAUGUGAUCGACACGUAGAGCAAUUUCUGAACGGUAAAAUCGAUGUGCAAACAUUUCUAAAUAACUACACGCAUUCGAAGAAAGUCAGUGCCGAGCGUAAGGCCAAGGAGGAACGCUUGGGGCAUCAGCUGACGGCCUUGGAACGCGCCGCUAUGUAAGCGACGCAAAUUUGUAUUAAACAUGUACUUGCCUGCAAGUGAUUUAGCUUUUAUAAGGCAUAUGGCAGUAAUAUAGCAAUUAUGAAUCUUGCGAAAACUAUUUAAAGUUAUCAGCGUGAAAUUGCUUUAAGUUAUAGCUACGAUUUUAAACCAAAUGACCUGCAUAUAAAUUUGGUCCUAUUGUAUUUGGUGUCAAGUAAUGUCAUUAGUAAAACGUCAAAGUGCGUGGUGGUGUCCAACUCAUAUAAACAAAAGCAAAAAAAAAAUAAUUUACUUUCAAUCAUAGUCAAGCAGUAAAACUACACUUAAACUUAAAUAAGUUAGAUUUUUUCUUGUAAAGAAAAAUACAAAUUAAGUAUAUGAAAAUCGAAAUUAUUUUUUGUUUUAAAUUAUUGAACCGCGGAAACGAAUUCCAUUGCUUUGACUAAGUAAUGACUGAAUAAAUCAAAUAAGUUGCGCGAAAUAGUGAGUGCGUGAGCCACUCCGCGUUCUGCGCUCGUAAAUAAGCGCGUACACAUGCUUACACACAUACAUACCAAUAUUGUGAGUGAAUUACAUUUAAUUUCCUAAAUUUGUGCAAAUAUUUUGUAGUAUUGUAAAUGCGUUGUAAUUAAAAAAAAAAAAAAACAAAAAGAAAACUAAUAUUUUGUGAUUUCAUUAACAACUUAGUAAUAAGUAGAAAUUAUUGGCAAUAAGUAUAUUUUAUUUAUUGCAAUAAAUUGAAUUAAAGCCAAAAUACUAA